CCUAUAUGUCGUAGAGGAUCACUCGAAGAACCAUGACGUUGCUCAAAUAUAUGUCCCUGAUAACAACCUGUUCGGUAUUUGCAGCCUUAAUAUCGAUUGUGUGGCAGGCAUUCCUAUCGUUGAAACAAUUGAAUAAGGUGACACAGAUUUUAACCAGUUUGCUGGCCAUUGAAAGUCAACUGAAACGACCUUGGGAACCGAAACCCAAGGUGGCAUUGGGUUAUGGUGCUUGCAGUGAUUUGGUAAUUAGUGGUACGGAAUUUCUUAACUAUUCCAGUGCUAUUGUACCCGAUGUGCUGGGGCCAGAGUUUACCGUUGAUGAAAUCAAUGAUGAGGCGGAAUUGUUGCAGACAUUUGGUUAUUAUUUUCAGAAUGGAGCAGCGGCAGAAAGAAGUAUGCCAAACCCCUAUUUGUUUAGGAAACUGAUACAAAUUGCCAAGAAACAGCAUCGUGAUCGCAUACAAUGGUUUAUUGGGGGCAAUGCCCCCUUAAUGGGUAUACGCUUUGAUAAGGAAGGCUGGAAUGUGUUGUUGGGGGCACGCAUGUCACACAAACUUCGCCGUCUAAUACCUAAUAAUAUCAAAAUUGCCGGUGACCAAGUGGAGGAGGAUGAUAUCCAUUUGAUAUUGGAAUAUAAGGCUGGUGAACAAUGGGGCCCCUUUACAGCUCCACGUGCCAAUCGUUAUAUCCUGCACAACGAUCAAAAUAAUCCGCAUUUAAAUUCCCUGGAACAACUGCAGAAAACGGUGAAAGACUAUCAACCGGAUUUGUUUGUCAUCAGUGGCAUACAAAUGAUGGAUAGUUAUAAAUUUGAGGUGGGCAUACGGGAGGAACGUUUGCUAAAGGUUAAUAAACAAAUCAAUGAACUGACACCACGUACCCAGAUACACUUUGAAAUGGCCUCAUAUGUGGAAAUAGAAUUACUACAGCAAUUGAGAAAAUACAUUUUACCCUAUGUCGAUUCGUUGGGUAUGAAUGAACAAGAGCUGGAAAAUUUGGUCCAGGUAAUGGAAUUUGGGAAGACAAGUUUUGCCACGGAUAGUAAUCCUCGUGUCGGAGCCACCUUAGAUCAUAUGCGUACGGUGUUUAGUAUAUUGGCUAAGGACUACUAUCAAAAUGCCUCAAGUGUCAUAAAGACGAAACGACGUAUGGUAACACGUAUCCACUUGCACACCCUGGCUUUUCAGGCCAUGCUCACGGUGAAGAAUAGUGCUUGGAAAAAUACACAAAUUGGGGCGGCCAAGGCUUCGCUUGUGGCCCAUCGUUAUGUGUGUCAAACGCAAAUGAUCAACCCCGAAUCCGCCACCCUAAUAUUAGAUGAUAGCUUCUCCACAUCUUUGGAUGCUGAGAAAUCGCAACGUAUUCUUUUAGAUCCCCAAAAUGCUGUACCCUGCUGGUCGGAAACAUUACGCAUAGAAACCUCAACGGCACCAAGGGAUGUUGAAAUUGAAAUUUGUGUGGCACCGGUGUUGGUUUGUCGGGUGGCCAAAAAGACAGCUGGGGCUGGGGAUAACAUAUCGGCGGCCGGGUUAUCACAACAAUUGUAG